GCAUUAGGAAGGUUGAGGACCGCUGGCCUAGAGUCUCGGGUUGUCAUACCAUGGGUGAGAACAUCUGCCAAGGCCCUUCUGCCGCUGGCCUUAGCCGUCCCUACGGGCAGGGCGAGUAUCCUUUUCUCCCACACGGAGCAGCUGAGGUUGUUCAGGGUGAGGUCACGGGACUUAGGUGAGCUAGCACUUCCCUUCCCUGUUCCCUUUCUCUGUCAGGUCUCAGUCCCUUUGCUCCUGACUUCUGCCUUUGUUUUUCUCAAAGCUCAGUGGUUGUUUCCCCAGAACCCCCAUUCUCCUGGGCUUCUCUUUCCUUGGCAUGUUAUCUGGGGCUGUUGCUGCUGUGGAGUGGAUGCAACAGACAUCUGUUUGGCGAUGAGCAAACUACCUUCUCUACUUACCUCCUUUCUAUGAAGCUCUGUCCCUGCCUUGUGAGUGUAGCUCAGUGUGAGAGUGCUUUGCCCCAGUGUGGGAGGUGCAUUUGGACACACACACACACACACACACACACACACACACACGUGUUGUCUGCCCACUUGCUUUGCUCUUGGCUUCAUUCCACCCUGUCUUACCUGCUUUUGUCAACAUCUUUUCUCCUGGGCUUAGUUUGUCUCAGACUCCAGCCUUCCAAAGCCUUUUCUCUCCCUAUGCCUCUGGGCUGUCUUGUCAUGUGGUUUCCUGGGCAGAUGGGAAUCUCACUCGCCUCGUCUACGGCUAGAGUCCAAGGUAAACAGUUGGUAAAUUAAUGAGCUUCCCCGCCCUGGUUCUCAUUCCAGAACUGGGGUGAUUUUCUGGGGUCUGUUUGUUACGUUGUUUGACACAAGAUAUCACGUAACUGUCACAUACAUGCAGCAAAGGCAGACCCCCACUUACGAUGCUUCUGCCUCAGCCUCCCAAGUGCUAGAAUUACAGGGUAGGACCACAAACGUCAACCUCACUGUUUUCAUUUCUUUGUUUCUAUCUCUGCUUUGCGGUCUCUAACUCCCUUUGCGUAUCAGGCUCUCUGUUACCUAUGUUAGAGAGAGUUGGUCUCUGCAGUGGAAGAACUCCCCCACGCCCCUUUUCUUUUUUUAAACUCUGUUGGGACAGCCCGGUUUGACCGCAACAAAGAUGGCCAGUUAAGCUUUGCCUAGGUCCACGUCUUUACCUCUGCUGCGUGCGUGCCCUCACUUAUGAUGGUGCCUCCUUGCUGGGCCAAAGCCCCUCCCGGUUUUCUCCCUCGGCCGGUCAGGUCUCGUUGCGUAGUUCCGGAGGGGGAUGGCCCUGCCCUCUCAUUGGUGCGGCUCAGACUGGCUGCGCAGACAUUGGCUGGGCGGACGCACACCCUUCCCCCCACCCUUAGAUCUGAUGAGGGCGGUAGUGCAGGCUCUGGAGGGGCGGCCGGGAGGACACGGCAUGCGCACAGAGACGGCGGCCAGCCAGUCAGAGGCUGGAGCAGGAGCUGACCACAAGCCAAGGGUCUAGAAGUACGUGGACAGGGCUAAGGUCGUCAUGGCCCCACCGCCACUACUGCCAUUGGCUUCCAGUACUCCAAUCCUGCACGGCGAGUUUGGUUCCUACCCAGCCCAUGGCCCACGGUUUGCCCUCACCCUCACAAUGCAGGCCCUGCACAUACAGCGGCUGCGCCCAAAGCCAGAGGCCCGGCCCCGAGAUGGUCUAGUCCCUCUGGCAGAGGUCUCAGGCUGUGGCACUCUGCAGAGCCGCAGCCCCUCAGACAUUGCAGCCUACUUCUGUGUCUACACCUACCCACGGGGCCGGCGCGGGGGUCGGCGCAGAGCUACUCGUACCUUCCGGGCUGAUGGUGCAACCACUUAUGAGGAGAACCGUGCAGAGGCUCAGCGCUGGGCAACUGCCCUCAUGUGUCUCCUCCGAGGAGUGCCUCUGUCUGGGGACCAGGAAAUCACCCCUGAACUACUACCCCGGAGGCCCAGGCUGCUCAUAUUAGUUAAUCCUUUUGGGGGGCGGGGCCUGGCCUGGCAGCGUUGUAUGGAUCACGUGGUGCCCAUGAUCUCCGAAGCUGGGCUGUCCUUUAACCUCAUACAGACAGAACGACAGAACCAUGCCCGUGAGCUGGUGCAGGGGUUGAGCCUGAGUGAGUGGGAAGGCAUUGUUACUGUCUCCGGAGAUGGGCUGCUUUAUGAGGUGCUGAACGGGCUCCUUGAUCGCCCAGAUUGGAAAGAUGCCGUGCAGAUGCCCAUUGGGGUCCUCCCCUGCGGUUCCGGCAAUGCACUAGCUGGGGCGGUUAACCACCAUGGCGGGUUUGAGCCGGCUGUGGGCGUUGACCUGCUGCUCAACUGCUCACUGCUUCUCUGCCGCGGUGGCAACCAUCCCCUGGACCUGCUCUCCGUCACGCUAGCCUCGGGAUCCCGCUGUUUUUCCUUCCUGUCAGUGGCCUGGGGAUUCCUGUCAGAUGUGGACAUUCACAGCGAGCGUUUCAGGGCCCUGGGCAGCGCUCGAUUCACACUAGGUGCAGUGCUAGGCCUAGCCACAUUGCAUACCUAUCGUGGACGCCUCUCCUACCUCCCCGCUACCACAGAGCCAGCCGUGCCCAUCCCAGGCCACAGCCUGCCUCGAGCCAAGUCAGAACUAGCCUUGGCCCCAGCCCCAGCCCCAGCCGUCACCCACUCACCCCUACAUCGCUCAGUGUCUGACCUGCCCCUGCCUCUGCCCCAACCUGUCUUGGCCUCCCCUGGCUCCCCUGAGCCCCUGCCUGGCCUUUCCCUCAAUGGUAGUGGCCCAGAGCUGACUGGAGACUGGGGGGGAGCUGGGGAUGCACCUCUGUCCCCAGACCCACUGCUGCCCUCACCCCCCUACUCUCCCCAAGCAUCUCAGCUUUCACCCAUCACUGAAGGGCCCCCGGAAAUGCCAGCAUCCUCGGGGUUCCCGCCUCCCACCUCCAGUGCUCCAAAAGUCUCUACCUGGGGCCCAGAGGACCACCUUCUUCCUCCCCUCGGCUCUCCACUGCCCCCAGGCUGGGUGACAAUUGAGGGGGAGUUUGUACUCAUGUUGGCCAUCUUGCCCAGCCACCUCGGUGCAGACCUGGUGGCCGCCCCACAUGCUCGAUUUGAUGAUGGCGUGGUGCACCUGUGCUGGGUGCGCAGUGGCAUCUCACGGGCUGCGCUGGCCCGUAUUUUGCUGGCCAUGGAGCACGGGAAGCACUUCAGCUUGGGCUGCCCGCACCUGGGCUAUGCUGCAGCUCAUGCCUUCCGCCUAGAGCCUCUCACUCCGCGAGGCGUGCUCACUGUGGAUGGGGAGUUGGUAGAGUACGGGCCAAUGCAGGCGCAAGUGCAUCCCAGUCUCGCCACACUGCUCACUGGGCCUGCGGGCCAAAAGCCGUAAACCUAAAGGAGCCUGAAACAUGAGCCUUGGUGGGACCGUAGACUAAGGCCUGGCUUUUAUAGGUAGAAGCAGGACUGGGAUUCAGAAUAGCCAGUGGAGAUUGGGUCUUGACAUAGCGGCUGGGGGGGGGGGGGCUUGCCUUCCUUGCUGUCCAAUGAUGGGGCCUGGAAUGUAUGAGCUAGCAAGGCCUCAGCUCAUUGGCCAGCCAGGGUUUCUUCUUGCUUACUCCGGUGCCUCCACUUGACUGGCCAAUCAGCCCUUGAGGGGCAGGUUCCCCCCAGGCGGUCCCCAGGAUUUGCACUAACGGUCCACCCCUUGCCGGUGAGGGGUGGGGAAAUUCACUUCUCUUGUUACGUCUUGUGUGUCCCUGGUCUAAAAAGCAAUUGAAAAGGUCUAUGCAAUAAAAGCGUCGCUUUCUUCUUCGCCCCUUCCA